AUGGACACGCAGCUCGCGCAGAAUACGGCCGCGCGAAAGGAGCGCCUGAUCGCGCUCCGGAGGCGCAAGGAGGCGCACGAGAAGGGCGAGAGUGUCAACGCCACGUUUACCUUCAAACAGCGUAACUUUGACCCAGAGACACGGCAGGCGCGUAAAGCUGGAAUUGCGGAGGAGACGGUCGAGAAGGAGGUCGAGGGGCUUGCGGAGGAGAUUGUGCGCGAGGACGAGGAGCGGCGGGCCGAGGAGCUUGACCUCUUCAACAUCCAGCCGCGCAGGCCGAACUGGGACCUCAAGCGCGACAUGACCGCGCGCAUGGGCAAGCUCGAGCGAAAGACGAACGAAUCGAUCGCCACGAUCCUGCGGCAACGGCUGCGUGACCAGCGGGGCGUGGCGGCCAGCGAGCAGGUCAACCUCGUCGCGGGAAUUCGUGAGGCUGAGGCUGAACGCGACCGCGCCGUGGCGAGUGACGAGGACAGCGAGUAG